AUGGCCUCCAGCCUGAAGAACUUCAUCCAUUCCUUGGAUCUAAAAUCUCUCCCUAGGAUUCUGCAAAUCCAGUCUGGCUUUUAUGAUGAAGUUUAUGAAAAGCUUGGCCAUGAAUGCUGUUUGUCAACAGGAGAUGUGAUUAAAGUGGUUGGAUUAAAAGUAAAAAAAAUCCUUGCAAGUAACCGUGAAAAUGAAGAUGCUAGCCUGUGCCCCACUACAGCUGAACUAUCUCUACAUUUUCCAGGUCUUUGCAGGAUAGUGGCUGAUAAAACACCAUAUGCUAACGUUGAAGAAAUUGUGAGAAAAAAUUUGAUUGGGCCAACGCCACUGCAACGUCCUUGCUUCUCUUGCCCUAAGGAUGUCAAAGUAGAAAACCUGACUAUAAAACAGAGCGAGAAGAUCAUAUUCUGCUCUGUGGAAGAGAGAAAUGGGAUAUUGAAUGUAAAUUGUGAGGUAAUGAGGGAUGACCAGAUGUAUGCCUUUGUUUUGCCAUUUUCACAAGAAGGUGACUUUUAUGAAUGGGAAGAUGACCAGUCUUAUACCCUGAAAGACGUUGCUGAAUGGAAAAUCCCGAAGAGCAGAAGUCGAAGUGUGACAUUUAUUAAUGCCUGCAAUGCUGAGGACUCUACUAGCUUGCUUCCUGUGGAACUGGGUGGUUGUGUUGUUCUAGCACCAAUAUAUGAAGUACAAGCAGUGAUGAAAUUUCAAAAAGAUACCGUUCACUUCCUUUCUGAUUUAGAUGUUGAAGUCAAAGAUGUAACUGACUGUUACAAUGUUAACAGUUUCCUUCAGCCAUUAUCGAUGGAAGAUAUAUUGGAAAGAAUGUGCAGUGAAUUUCCUAUCGUUGUUGCAGUAAUCGAAGGCUCCAUUGGAAACAAGCACUCCUAUAAUUUAUUGUGUCCUGGUAGAGAAAUAGUCAUUUACAAAAAGUGUCAGGCAAUAAGACUCUUAGCAUCUGAGAUCAAGAGCAAUUCCUACAAAAGACACUUUUUAAUUCCUACCAGCUACAACGGGAAGUUCAAAAGAAGACCUCGGGAAUUUCCAACUGCCUAUGACCUAGAAAUAGCAAGAAGUAUAAAGGAGAAGCUUCAUGUUAUAGCUACAAAAGCUUUUGAGUCUUCGCACGAGGAGCUGUGUUCUGUUUCUGUUGGAGACCAGUUUCUCAUUCCACAAUGCAAGACAAAUGAAGGUGUUGAUCUCAGAAGGCAGAAAGUGGAGAAUGCUUUGGCUUGUGAACAAAUUCUAUUGCUAAAUAAAACCCACAAAAGUGUACUUCUUCCAAUGUGCAUGGAAGGGAGCUUUGUUGAACUUGUCCAUGACAAGAGGCAGUAUAAACUUUCGGAGCUGUGCAAAGAUUUUCGCUUUCCAUUCAAUGUCAAGGUCUCUGUAAGGGACCUUUCCAUCCAGGAGGACAUUUUGGCUAGUGUAUCAUGUCUGCAGCUUGAAGAGGAAAUAAUAGAUUCUUACUUGCUAAUCAGCAGCUUCAGCAACCCCACAGAAAUCUGGGAAGCUCCUGUGCAUAAUUUAAAUAUGUCCUUCCAAUUGCUGAGAAAACAUGUGGAAAAUACUAUGCAUUUCCCAAUAAAGUCUAUUGUGGAUGAGAUAACAGAAGAAGAGUAUUGCAUGAUGAGGAAAUGUGGAAAUCAAGCUACACACCCACCGCCCAGGCCUCCGAAAACCUACAGAGCAGAAGACUCCAAGACAUCUUUUCUCACCCUGCCAGCUCAAAGUGCUUGUGGUACAGCAAAACCUAGGAAGUUCCAUGGCUAA